AUGACAGGGGAUGCGUGUGAUUCCCUGGAGGACUUUGAAGCGACUUUUGGAGACAUGCUGAGCUCCAACAUGUCCAAGACUCAGCACGGGGACAAUAUUACCAAGAACUCCAGCUGUAGAUCCGUUUCAGUCGGAUUCCCAAUUACUAUGAUGGUGACUGGGAUGGUGGGCAACUCCUUAGCACUUAUCCUAGUAUAUAUCUCCUACAGAAAGAAAGAAAACAAAAGAAAACGGUCUUUCCUGCUCUGCAUUGGUUCAUUGGCUUUCACAGACCUCUUUGGACAGCUUCUGACAAGCCCAAUAGUAAUAUCAGUUUAUAGAGCUGACUUGAAAUGGGACCGAAUAGACUCUUCUGGCUAUUUGUGCCCUUUUUUCGGUGUUUGCAUGACAACUUUCGGGCUGUGCGCACUGUUUAUGGCCAGCGCAAUGGCAAUAGAAAGAGCCACAGCCAUUACAAACCCGCACUGGUACUCUAACCACAUGAAAACCAGCUUGACCAAACAGACUUUAGCUGUCAUAUGGUGUCUUGUGUUGCUUUUUGCGCUUUUGCCCAUCGUUGGAGUCGGAAAAUACACGCGUCAGUGGCCCGGGACUUGGUGCUUCAUCAGCACGGGAGACAGAGAGGUUCCAGGCAACAUGUUUUUCGCCAUCACUUUUGCAGCACUUGGGAUUUUCUCGUUGCUUGUUACACUUUCGUGUAAUGUAGUGACAAUACGGGGCUUGAUUUUACGGUGUAAAACGAAAUCUGGCACUUCCCAUUCCUCAAAACAGUGGGAAAGGCUCACUACAGAGACUGUUAUUCAACUGUUAGGAAUCAUGUGCGUCUUGCUGAUAUGCUGGUCCCCUUUGCUGGUGUUGAUGCUAAGAAUGAUCUCCACCCAAACCUCCUCCCACGAGUGCAACCCUACCAUUGGAAACAGCAUCAUACACUCCGGCCGGGAUUACCAGUUAGACUGUAACUUCUUUCUGACUGCCAUCCGCCUGGCCUCCCUCAACCAGAUCCUGGACCCAUGGGUGUAUCUGCUCCUCAGGGAGAUACUCCUUCGGAAGUUCUGCAUCAUGGCCAACGCUGUGUCCAACUGCUCCAUAGAUGAACGCAAGGACACUCAGACCAAUCUGGAUGCUCUAAACAAACAAAACCAGGACGACGAAAGCCUUCAAAAACCACAGACAAGCUAAGAUGAAGGUUUUAAACUAAAUUUAUAACUUGAAGAUGUUGGAUACAGGGAAACCAUUGCACUCACUGGAGUAAUGGAGUGUUUAUUUUGGGGGAGCCGUGCCCUCCAAAGCUAAUGAGAAUGUGGAGGCAUGACCAGUUUCUAACAGCAUGCUUCUUCCCCAGCCAUAUACACAGAUCUGCCAUAACCUUUAUACUAUCGGAAAUGUUCUGUGGGUACUGUAUUGUAGCCUUAUUAGGGAUGGGACAAGAUACAAUUUACACAAGACUGACAAACUGAAACAUGUGGAAAAGUCUCUUGUGAGAUUUUUCCACAUUUAGCUUUGAUUUAAAAAAAUGUAUCUUCUGCCUCAUCUCAUCUUGCAGAAAAUGUGUCUCGUCCCAUCCCUAAGCCUUAUACAUAGCAAUGCCUUGUGUAUUGUGACUUCUAUCUGAAAGAACCAGCAUAAAUGUCUAAUAACUACUAUACCACUAUAACUCAUCUGUUGAAUUGCACCAGCUGAACAAAC